AUGCCUCGUCCCAGAACACUGCCGCUGCUUCUCGUCGUCGCCACUAUCUUCGCCGCGAGCCUGAGCGCCUCUGAAUCCGUCGGCGACGGAGGCAAGGUCUACAUCGUGUACCUGGGCCAUCUACCGGCCAGCACGGAUGCGUCGGAGCCUGAAGGUUUCUCUGCUGUAGAGUUUGCUCAUCACGACCUGCUGAACGAGGUCCUCGACGACGGCAGCUCUGCUUCAGACAGGAUCCUCCGUAGUUACAAGAGAAGCUUAAAUGGCUUCGCUGCCAAGCUAAGCGAAGAAGAGGCACAUAAACUUUCUGGCACGAAUGGCGUUGUCUCAGUCUUCCCAAGUAGGACCCUUAAGCCUUUGACCACAAGGUCUUGGGACUUCUUGGGCUUCCCUCAAACGCCCAAGGAAGAGUUACCACUGGAAGGAGACAUCAUUGUCGGUAUGCUCGACACCGGUGUGUGGCCUGACUCACCGUCCUUCUCUGACGAAGGAUUUGGCCCACCGCCGAGCAGAUGGAAGGGCACAUGCCAAAACUUCACGUGCAACAAUAAAAUUAUCGGAGCUCGCGCCUACUCUGACCAGUCGCCGCUGGACGACGUGGGGCAUGGAAGCCACACAGCAUCAACCGUGGCCGGGCGGGCGGUGGCCAACAUCAGCUUUGACGGCUUGGCUGCCGGCACAGCUCGCGGCGCGGUGCCAGGCGCCAGGCUCGCCAUCUACAAGGUGUGCCAGGAAGACGGCUGCGACGACACCGAUAUCCUCGCAGGGUUCGAUGACGCCAUCGCCGACGGCGUGGACGUGAUCUCCUUCUCCAUCGGCAGCUCGUUCCCAAAUGAUUACUUCAACGACGCACAAGCCAUCGGCUCCUUCCACGCCAUGAGGCGUGGGGUGCUCACGUCCGCGUCGGCCGGGAACUCGGGGCUCGAUGGCGGCCGAGUUUGCAACGUCGCGCCAUGGAUGCUGUCUGUGGCGGCGAGCAGCAUCGACCGUCAAUUCAUCGACAGGAUUGUUCUUGGGAACGGCGAUACCAUAGUGGGAGCCUCCGUUAACACCUUUCCAACGAUAUCAAAUGCUACACUUGCAUUCCCUGCCAACGGGUCCUGUGAUCCAGAGGACCUCGUUGGAGGUCCUUACAAAGGCAAGAUCGUCCUCUGCCCACCCCAGAAGAGCGGCCGUCUGACCAGCGGCGCCACAGGUGCUCUCUUGGCCGGUGCAGCAGGUGUCGUCUUAGUCACCCGCGCGCCUGACGUCGCUUUCACUCUGCCUCUCCCCGGUCUCACGGUAACUCAGGACAAGUUCGACCAAAUCAUGGCGUAUGUCAACAGCACUAGUAAUCCUGUGGGUACCAUAGACCGCACCGUGACUACGGGCAAUCCACAAGCUCCAGUGGCCGCCUCCUUCUCUUCUCCAGGCCCCAACUUGGUCACCCCUUCGAUCUUGAAGCCUGAUCUAUCUGCGCCGGGGGUCGACAUUAUUGCCUCAUGGUCACCGCUGUCGUCACCCUCGGGCAAUCCGAACGACACGAGGAAGGUUCAGUACAACAUCAUCUCCGGCACAUCCAUGGCGUGCCCGCACGCGAGCGGAGCCGCCGCCUAUGUCAAGUCACUCCACCGUGACUGGUCGCCGGCGAUGAUCAUGUCGGCUCUCAUCACCACCGCCACUGCGAUGAACACACCGGGCAACUCCAACACGACCGCGCUCAAGUACGGCGCCGGGCAACUCAACCCAGCAAAGGCGCAUGACCCGGGCCUCGUGUAUGACGCAUCGGAGGGCGACUAUGUGGCUAUGCUGUGCGCGCAGAAUUACACCGCCAAGCAGCUCGCGCUCGUCACCGGCUCCAACACGACGGCCUGCGCCAACGGCUCGACGUCCGGCGCACCCAGCGACCUCAACUACCCGACCAUGGCGGCCCAUGUGGAACCGGGCAAGAACUUCACCGCGGUCUUCCCGCGGACUGCCACCAACGUCGGGGCCGCAAGAGCCGUGUACGACGUGAAGGUCGUGUUUCCUAUUGAGGCGGCCAAGGACCUCACCGUUGAUGUGUCGCCGAGCAGACUAGAGUUCAGCGCGCAGGGCCAGAAGCUCUCGUUUGCCGUGACGGUGUCCGGCGUGGCGAUGGAGGAGGGCAGGGUCCACUCGGCCGCCGUCGUGUGGUACAACAACGAGCAUGACGUGAGGAGCCCAGUGGUGGUGUACGCAAUAACGGACGACGACUCCCAGGAAAACGGGGUUUAG